AUGCUAGGCGGCUCCGGCAACGUGGGCUUCGUGACGCGGAUUGACCACAUCGCCAUCCCGGGCACCCAGCUCUGGGGUGGCUUCACCCAGUACGACCUCGACACACGCGAUGACGUCUUCAACGCGUACCUCGAUUUUGUCGACAACACCGAGGACAACUCGCCAGACCAAAACAUAGUUGCCCUGUUCUGGGACAACAAGGAUGGCUUUGCGCUCCGCUCCAUCCUCACCAAUGCCAACGGCGAGGCGAACCGCACUGCUUUCAAGGAGUAUCUAUCCAUCCCCAACAUUGGCAGCACCUUGACAUCUGGUCCGGAGAAGGACAUAAUUCCACAGUUCACCGGCCCUACACCUCUCGGUCGAUACGCCAACUGGUUUACCGGCACGGCCACGCACAGUUUCGACUCCCUCGCCGCCAUCGACGAGCUGCACCACGCGCUCAUCCCCAAAAUGCAGGCGGCCGCGCUCAACGCCACGUUUAGCACCCUCAUAGAGCUGCAGCCGCUGACGCCGUCCAUGGUCCGGCACGCGGCCCCGCGGGGCGGCAACGUGCUCGGCCUGGAGUCGGUCAUCGCGGACGGCCCUAAGCUCAACUGGCUCUUUUCAUUGACCGUCGACACCGAGGCGCACCAAGAGGCCCUGCUGCCGCUGGCGCAGGAGUUUGUGCACGCUGUGAACAAGAAGCAGCGUGACAUGGGCACGUAUAUCCCCUGGAUCUACCUCAACUAUGCGUGGCGCGACGAGGAGCCGUACCCGCACUACGGCGUCGAGAACACGGCGCUGCUUGCUGCCGUUUCGGCGGCGUAUGACCCGAUGGGCGUCUUUCAGAAGCUGCGCAAGACCGGCUUCAAGCUGAGUGGGCACCACUGA